UUACAGAGUCAAAGAUGCCAGCUGAAGUAGCAGAUGAGCGUAAAGUUAAGAAGAGAAGAAAAAUAAGACGGAAGAAAAUUCAUACUGUGAAGGAAGUAGCUAGCGAAGAUGAACUUGUUAAAAAGCGACUAAAUGCAAAAUUUAAAAUGAAAACACAUCGAGCAAAUGAUGAUGGUAUGCCAUGUUUGAGGCUGAGUAAAAAAGAUCAAAUGGUAGUGAAAAAUGGCGAGAAACACGAUGUGUUGUUGAAAAGGAGUCAAGAAGCACUGUUAAAUCGUUUGAAUCAAGUUGAAUGCAACGAAGUGAAAAUAGUAACUCGAUGGAAGUGCGCUCUUUGUCAACAACGUACUUUACGUUCUGUGUUGGGUGAUCUAUUCGGUCCAUACUUUGUACGAUUAAAUGGAAAUCACUGGCCUUCACAUUUGGCCAAGAAACCACAAAAGAUAAAUGAGCAGGCUGAAUUAUAUUGUGAUAUUUGGCUACAUGGUCCGUGUGCUCUAACUGCACCUGGUAUAUAUCUGGUCGGCAAUCAACUUGAUGGGCUGCAAACGAAAAUUACUGCUUUUUGGGCGCAGCACUGUGUCGUGUGCUCCAAAGAAGGUGCGGCAAUUGAAAAUCGCGGCAAGUAUUAUCAUUUCCCAUGCGCUUUACAAAAAGAUAUCAAAACAUGAUUCACACCACAAACUGAUUUGUUUGGAAAAUUCUUGUGAUAUUUGAAUAUUUUGAAACUAAAAGAUCAACUUUUCACGACUUCCGGAAUGAUCUAAACCUCUUGGACCUUGAUCUUCACUUAUUUGUUUCUCACUAAUACUAUGGUCUAUUUGAUUUCACUGAUUUGUUUCUGCGGUAUUGUCGGCUUUCAAAAAUUGUUAUUAUGUCUUGCAAUUUAACAAGUUGCAAAGCUCCUCUGCAGAAUUUAAUGAAUUGCCGAAGCAGUAGAUCAUGCUUUGUUUCAUUUAUUUUACCAUCUUGCUGAAGACGUAAAGAAAAGUCUGAUUCAUUAAUGUUUCUUUCUUUUCUUUACCACUUUAAUGAAGCCUUGUCACUUUCACCAACAAAUCAGAUCAAAUAUUGCUGAAGUAUUGCUGGAAUCUCU